ACUGUAUUUGACAACAAGUGUGUUAAGAUGUCAGAGAGAGUCUAUGAAAACUCAGAUGGAUUUGAAGACGACGAGCCUGAUGCAAUGAAGAACACAGACAUUGAUGGGCAAUUAUAUGCCAACGUAAGAGCCUUCAAGCCCAGUCCAAGAGAUGGAGUUGUUGCUUCAGGUAAGAUUGCACACACACACACACACACAAACACACACACACACAUAUAAAUUACACACACACACACACAAUAAACAGGUGAGAGUACCAUGUAGUUCUAUAGCUUUAUUUGUCCCAAUCAAGGAUCAUAAAGUAAAACACACGACCAAAGAUCUUACUUUAAUGAUUUGUGAUUCAGUACAUUUUCAGUGGUGGAAGAGACCCUCUGGAGUUGUUGCAGUGUGUCUGGGGCUGCUGUGUGUUCUCCUACUGGCUGGGAUCAUAGGCCUGUCUGUCUACUGUAAGUUUAGUAAGUUGUCACUGAGACUUAAGUAGCUUACUUAAUCAUACUUAAUCAUCAAUGGUGUGGUAGUUACAUAUUUGAUUAACUUUUCCCUUUUACAGAUGGAGUCAUUGGUCAUCACGACUCAAUAGAGAGAGACCAGCUACAGGCCAGUAACAGCUUUCUGACCAGAGAGAGAGACAAGUUACAGACCAGUUACAACAACCUGACUGAAGAGAGAGACCAGCUACAGGCCAGUUACACCACCCUGACUGAAGAGAGAGACCAGCUACAGGCCAGUUACACCACCCUGACUGAAGAGAGAGACCAGCUACAGACUGAGAGAGAGAUUCUUAACAGGAGGCUUACCAAUCUCAGUGAGUAAACCUACAGUAAUAAAUUAUUAUUAAACCCACACACUUUAUCAUGUGUCUGUAUUCUUUCAUUAAGUGUCCAGUGUGAUAAGUUGAAGAAAAUGCAUGUUUUCAUCUUGUAGAACAAACCUGUCCUGAAGGCUGGCAGAAGUUUGAAUCCAGUUGGUACUUCCUGUCUACUGAGACUAAAGCCUGGAAGGAGAGCAGAGAGGACUGUCUGGAGAGAGGAGCAGACCUGGUGAUCAUAAACAGUGAUAAUGAACAGGUGAGAGAGAGAGAGAGAGAGAGAGAGAGAGAGAGAGAGAGAGAGAGAGAGAGAGCUAGAGAGAGAGAGAUAUGAGCGAGGAGAGAGAGACCGAGAGCGUAGAGGAGAGAGAGCCCGCGAGUAGAUGAGAGAGAGUCGCUCUCGAGAGAGAGAGAGAGCGAGAGAGUAGAGAUGAGAGAGAGAGAGAUGAGAGAGAGAGAGAGAGAGUAAGAGAGCGGCUAUGAGAGCAGAGUAGCAGAGAGAAGAGAGAGAGAGAGAGAGAGAGAGAGAGAAUAUGAUCAAACAUAUAGAUAAAUAUUUAUCUUUGUCAACAACAGGAGUUUGUCUUCAACCUCAGCAAUGGAGUCUGGAUUGGUCUGACUGACUCUGUUACUGAGGGGACCUGGACAUGGGUGGACGGCACCCCACUGACCACCCCAAGGUAAAACACUACUGCUCUAAUAACACUGACCACAGUGGAAGGACUAGGACUGAUUCUCUGUGUUAUUCAUACUCUAGGUCCUCCAUAUUCAACUGGUGGACCAACACUGACCACAGAGUAAGAGAUGAUAACUACUCUGACAAUAAGGCUCCAAUGUUCAGUUCAUUCAACCUUUAUCUAUACAGGUUAUUGUCAUUGGUGGCAGCAGUCAACAAAGUUGAAUUUAAGCAGAAACAUUUCUGUAUAUUAUUUAGGAUUGUGAUAUUCUAACAGUGAUAUCUGACUGUUAGAUAUCACCAAUACCCUGUAGGUAUUGGUAUUAACUAUGAUAUCUGACUGUUUUUAACCCUGUAGGUACUGGUAUUAACUGUGAUAUCUGACUGUUUUUAACCCUGUAGGUACUGGUAUUAACUAUGAUAUCUGACUGUUUUUAACCCUGUAGGUACUGGUAUUAACCAUGAUAUCUGACCGUUUUUAACCCUACCCACCCUCAAUAUCCACUUGGAGAAGGUUGUAGUGUCAGAUCUAUUGUAUGGACAUUAUAAUGACCCAUGUUUGUAGUCCUGGACCUCCUGAACAUGUUGAUGUAUAUUUACGAGUAAACAGAGGGUCCAAAUCAGUAGAAAGGUGAAAGGAAGGGAGUUCUGGAAACUCCCUGAAUUAUCUUGGGGCUGUUACAUAUGAUAUUUAAUAUAUGUUAACAGCUAGACUUUGUUCUCCACUUCCCCUCUAUUAUCUAUAUCUUCCUGGUAUGAUAGUGUCAUGUCCAUCAUCACAAAUAGCAAAUCCCAUUCCCUGGGCAGGAGGACUGUAUUGAGAUAUACUCUGGAUAAGAUGACCAUGUAGAGACAUGGAAUGAUUUAUAUUGUGCAGCAGAAAAUGGUUUAGCAAUAACCACUGUAACAAUCUCUCACAUGCACACAUGCACACAAGUACGCACAUAAGUAUGCAUAUUGUUCUAUUUUUUGUAUUAGCAUAGCCACAACUACCCAUGUCAUUUUGUUGAUAAUUGAGUUAGAGCCUUAGUGUCAGAGAGACAUAGAGGAGGAAGAAGAACAUUAAGAGAAUGAGGAAGAGAGAAAACACAAGACAAAUAAUAGUUGUGUUUAGAUUUAGAGGAGAGGAUGUAGACAUACUGUACUCUGGAAAAUGACUCUUCAUUAUUUUAUUAGAAACAUGUCAUGUGAUUUGCCAUAGGCUUAUGCUUCGUACAAAAAAAAAGUUGGACCAAUUAUUAACCUAUGCUUAUCACAUUAAUAAUAAGAAUAACAAAGUCACAUAUUAAUAAAUAAAGAACAAUGUUCUUUAACAAGGUCUACCAGCUUCCUGAUUGAAUGUGAUUGGAUACUUAAAACAGUGUGACCUGGACACAAACAGAGGGCAGAACAGUACUGAGAGGGCACACACACACACACACACACACACACACAGACACACACACAAAAAAAAAAACGAUGCUAAUGACGGUGAGAAUGACUCCCAACCUUCACUGUACAAGGGACAACGUGUAGGGACAACAGUUUUUAACCCUGUAGGUACUGGUAUUAACCAUGAUAUCUGACUGUUUUUAACCUUGUAGGUACUGGUAUUAACCAUGAUAUCUGACUGUUUAUAACCAUGUAGGUACUGGUAUUAACCAUGAUAUCUGACUGUUUUUUAACCCUGUAGGUACUGGUAUUAACCAUGAUAUCUGACUGUUUUUUAACCCUGUAGGUACUGGUAUUAACCAUGAUAUCUGACUGUUUAUAACCAUGUAGGUACUGGUAUUAACCAUGAUAUCUGACUGUUUUUUAACCCUGUAGGUACUGGUAUUAACCAUGAUAUCUGACUGUUUUUUAACCCUGUAGGUACUGGUAUUAACCAUGAUAUCUGACUGUUUUUAACCCUGUAGGUACUGGUAUUAACCAUGAUAUCUGACUGUUUUUAACCCUGUAGGUACUGGUAUUAACCAUGAUAUCUGACUGUUUUUAACCCUGUAGGUACUGGUAUUAACCAUGAUAUCUGACUGUUUUUAACCCUGUAGGUACUGGUAUUAACCAUGAUAUCUGGACUGUUUUUAACCCUGUAGGUACUGGUAUUAAACCAUGAUAUCUGACUGUUUUUAAACCCUGUAGGUACUGGUAUUAACCAUGAUAUCUGACUGUUUUUAACCCUGUAGGUACUGGUAUUAACCAUGAUAUCUGACUGUUUUUAACCCUGUAGGUACUGGUAUUAACCAUUAUAUCUGACUGUUUUUAACCCUGUAGGUACUGGUAUUAACCAUGAUAUCUGACUGUUUUUAACCCUGUAGGUACUGGUAUUAACCAUGAUAUCUGACAGUUUUUAACCCUGUAGGUACUGGUAUUAACCAUGAUAUCUGACUGUUUUUAACCCUGUAGGUACUGGUAUUAACCAUGAUAUCUGACUGUUUUUAACCCUGUAGGUACUGGUAUUAACCAUGAUAUCUGACUGUUUUUAACCCUGUAGGUACUGGUAUAAACCACAGCCUGAUAAUGGUGGUGGCCAAACAGAAAAUGGUGAGGAGGACUGUGUUGAGAUACUCAAAGAUCAGAGUCUUCUGAAGGCAUGGAAUGACUUGUCAUGUGACAGGAAACUCAACUGGAUUUGUGAGAGAGUGGUUUAACAUCACCAUGACAACAUACUGUAACACAUACAGUAGCCCUCACAACUCUCUCUCGCUCUCUCUCGCUCUCUCUCUCAAACCGACACUUACAAACAUGCACAGAAGUGUAGAUGCACGCACAUACACACGCACCUAUUGUUUUAUUUGUUUGUAUCAUAUUAAUAAAAUGGCUAAUUAUUGUAGAUUCCUGUAUACCAGUAGUUUUUUCCUCAGAUUGUAGCUUCUUUUAUACCAGUAGUUCUUUGACAAAUCAACAUUACAUUAGUACAUUUGACUUUGUGCACACUGCAUGCGGUGCAUUUCAUCAUUUCCAGUUGAAACAUGUUAAUCUUAGUAUCUAAAGAUAUUUUUUUUUUACGGUUCGUCAAUCUAAGUAACAUAAUAAAAAAAUUCACAUCAAAAUCUGUCAGUUUAAGAUGGAGAUAUAUGGGUUGUUUACAUGGGCUGCGUCUCAAUCAACCACAUCCGCCGAUAUCGCCCCUCCUCAUCUGCAGUGGAAGGUGCCCGAGCUAAAGCGGUGUUUGUCAGACCAUGAGACAUACCAAAAAUCGGUCUUCUCUCAAAAAUGUCUGUAGGGUCCGAAGCGGUUUGGCCUACAAACUAACAUGACCACUUUGUGGAAAGGGGAGAUUCAAUGUCCUACAAUGUCCUAGCAGGUCCACCAGCUUCCUGAUUGAAUGUGAUUGAAUACUUAGAACAGUUUCACCUGCAGUUGGUCACUGAUAGAGAUCAGAACAGUACUGAGAGGACAUACACACACACACAAGCACGUACGCACACAGGGACACACACACUGACACACAAACACAUUUAAAGUUCCCCUUUAAAACUUCUGAUUAAGAUGCAGACAUAGUUUUCCACAGUUUCUUUCCCCUUCACCGUGGAAACGGCCAACAGAACCGGAGGAACCUUUACCGUCCGAGCCACCAACGAUCGCAGAUUCAAUUCCUCCUUCCCUACCAGCAUCUCCGUGGUGACUGGGCGGCAUGGCCAACGGUAGGGUGAGCCUCAUGACACCCACCAGUACCCCGUCGAGAGAGAGAGAGAGAGAGAGAGAGAGAGAGAGAGAGAGAGAGAGAGAGAGAGAGAGAGAGAGAGAGAGAGAGAGAGAGAGAGAGAGAGAGAGAGAGAGAGAGAGAGAGAGAGAGAGAGAGAGAGAGAGAGAGAGAGAGAGAGAGACAUACACUUAUGAAUAAGGUAAAUUAUUAAUACUCACAUGUAAUUGACUUUUUUUUUUCACAACAACAGCAAUUCCUCACUGAAUUAAACAGGGACAUUGAUAGUGUCUGGAUCAGUCUGACUGACAGAGAGAACGAGGGGACCUGGAAAUGGGUGGACAAUACAUCACUGACCACAAUGUGAGAGAUAACAAUCCGGCCGUAGGACUCUAACCAGUUCAACAACAUCUGGGUAUGAUUAAUAAUGUUGUGUUUACCACAGUGUCUGACUGUCUGGUUCUCUGUGUUGUUUUCCCUCUAGGUACUGGGGGAGAAACCAGCCUGAUAAUGGUGAUGGUCCUAUAAUACAUGUAGGAGAGGAGGACUGUGCUCAGAAUAAUUAUGGGCAUCCUGGC